ACAUGACCCCCAAUGCAAGCAGCAAAGAAAAUUGGCAUUGCGCAAUGCGAAUUGCAUAUUGUAACUCGGCAAUUGUUCCAGAUAUAUAACCAAUCAGGUCUAUUUCUUGAGAUUCCACUGUGCCUAAUCUCAGGCUUGGCGUGGUUGCGAUCGUACUUCUCCCCUACAUUGUUGAAUUACAUGUUGCUUCAAACCCAGCACAACCCCAUGCGAAGCGAACCCCAGGUCGCGAGUCACGUACUCCCCCGCGCCUGUUCUGGUUCUAUGCAGUAACAACAAUGUCUGCCUCUUCGUCCCAAGACCGAGAGCGGCGCAUUAAUCUCAGCAUUAACCGUCUGAUAACUCAAACUGUGCCAUCUGACGACGCAGUCUCCGAUGAAGAGGUGCAAGGCAGACACGACUGGUACGCAGAGGAAAUCAAGGCCGCCUUCAAAGAGAAGCCGACUCCCGCAAUUGCGUCCGACGUAAAUCAUGCCUCGGACCUCAUCAAGCGGAAGCUCAUCCAAACGAACCCGAGCCAGGCCUUGCGCUUCACGAAUCUGUACUCAAGGCUGCUGGCGUUGCCGGUCCUAAAUCAAAAAUGGGCUAUGCUCUACCUGCUCUACCAGCUUGCCGAUUCGCACGAUCCCAACGUGGACGACCGAGACGCCUACGAGGAGUACAUCAAGGAGGAGCGCAAGCUGAGGGAGCAGCGGCGGAGACCGGUUAGUCGUGCAGGAGCGCCAUCGUCACCUGAGUCGCCGCGACCGCGCAGUCACCGGGGAAUCGCUCAAGAAGCUGUUGACAAUGAGCUCUAUCCUACGGCUGCCGGUCUCAAAACAGUGCCACCGCCGAGUAGAACGCGGUCAAUCAGGGCCGAGUCCGUUGGUGAAUACUCGGAAUACCCAGAAACCAUGGCCGAGUCGAAGGAAUUCAAACGACCCUAUACGGCGGACAAGGAGCCAUUACAACCUACGAAACGAGGUGUGGCUAUCAAAUCCAAGAUGCUGGCUGAGAACUAUGCCGACAUCGAUCCCUCCGAGCCGGCGUUACUAAGAGACCUUCCCUACACUUUACAGGGGCUUUCUUCGUCGACGCUACCAUUCGGGAAACCCUAUUCGCUCAAACUACCGCGUACGCUCCCGACACCUUUGAUAUCACUGUUAAAUACCUUGGCAGAACCAUCCUUGCUUUACCGCACACUGGAAGACUUCAUCCAGACACCCGCAACUGGCUUGUUGAACCAAAGUCUGCGCGCCGCUAUCAACAGCGAACUGCGUGCGUAUCUUACCCUUGUGGCGACAUUAGAAGGCCAAAUCAGGCUAGCCUUGUCUACCAUCGAUGAGAAUGCCCCUCGCAGUGGGAUUGGCAAGGCAGGCGUGACAUUAAAGCGUUGUGUUGUAUGGACACAUGAAGCGACCAUGGGUCUCCGCCUUAUGAGCUUGAUUGCAGAGGAAUCCAGGAGCAAGAAGGGAGGCCAACUGAUCUCUCUAAUCCAUUCUUUCUCUUCGACACAUGGCGAUCCCAUAGUCGGCGCAUUUGCCGAGCGCCUCCUAACUCCUGUAACUCGUCCCUUCUAUGAUAUCCUGCGACAUUGGAUAUACGAUGGUGAGUUAUCAGAUCCGUACCUCGAGUUCUUUGUGCAGGAGCAGACUGGAGAGGACGUGCCGAAGGGCAAGUCGGGAUCCACAAACGUCUGGGAAGACAAGUACAAGGUGAUGGCACCCAUGAUUCCUACCAUCAUAACUCCUGACUUCGCCGAGAAAAUCUAUUUGAUUGGAAAAUCAUUGAACUUCAUCCGUCACUCCUGCAGCGACUCGGAAUGGGUUGAAUCAUACUCCAAAGAAUCGUCCAAGGAGCUCCGCUACGGUGACACGGCAACCCUGGAGGCGUGGAUCGACGAGGCAUACAAAACCACCAUGCGUCGCUUGUUGUACCUUAUGACAGCCAAAUUUCACCUCUUCGAGCACCUACAGGCCCUUAAGUCAUACAUUCUUCUCGGUCAAGGUGACUUCAUUGCCCUUCUCAUGGAAUCGCUCGCUGCGAACCUCGACCGGCCGGCCGGUGCACAGUACAGACACACUUUGACGGCGCAGCUAGAGCACGCCAUCCGCGGCUCGAAUGCGCAGUACGACAGCCCCGAAGUUCUACGCCGGCUGGACGCAAGAAUGCUGCAGCUGAGUCAUGGCGACAUAGGUUGGGACUGCUUCACGCUCGAAUACAAGAUUGACGCUCCUGUCGACGUUGUGGUUUCUGACUGGGGUAACCGACAAUACCUCAAAGUAUUCAACUUUCUUUGGCGCAUAAAGCGCGUCGAGUUCGCUCUCUCGUCGACCUGGCGCAAGGUAACAACUGGCUCCCGCGGGGUUCUCCAAACGCGCCACGCAACAGUACAACAGACGUGGAAGACAACGCGGGGUGUCUUGGCCGAAAUGGUGCAUUUCGUCGGGCAGCUACAAUACUAUAUCCUCUUUGAAGUCAUCGAGUCCAGCUGGACCGAGCUGCAAACCAAACUUAACACGCCCGACAUCACACUGGACGAUAUGAUCCGGGCGCACACGAACUACCUCAACUCCAUCACACAUAAGGGCCUCCUGGGUGCCCGCCGCCGCCGUUUCGCUGGCACGAGUGCGAACGAGGAGGACGAGAACAGCUACAUGGUCCAGCUGGCCGAGUUGCUGCGCUCCAUGCUCUCGUACCGCGACUGCGUCGACGGGCUUUACAGCUGGUCGGUGUCUGACUUCACCCAACGCCAGGAGUUCGACUUGUUGUCGACGCAGAAGAACCAGCCAUCGCCAUCACAACCAGACGACGAGGAAAUACCCGGAGGUCCGCAGUCCGAGUUUCCUGCGCUUCAGGAAAGGCUGAAACAUAUAGGUGAUCGCUUCCGGACGAAAUUGCAAAUACUACUUGGGGAUUUGGCGUACCAGGCCGACGUAGACCUGAGGUUCUUAGGCGUUGCCAUGAAUUUUAAUGAUGUCUAUCAGCCGGUGCGACGGAAGGCGAAGAGCACGCCUGCGCAUUCUACUGCUGGCACAGUUGUAGAGAAGAGCGUCAAAGGUUGAGGUCUCCGUUUCACAACUUGAGAUCAGGACUGGCACAGCCCAGAGCAAAUGGAUAUGUUCAUCAUAGCGGAAUAAAAAGGAAAUAACAAGAGACAUAUUGGCACAUAAUGGCGAGGUAUACUGGUCAAUUGACAAACUUUGCGAAUCGCUUUUUCAAUCU